UACUUACUUUAGUUCAAUUUUGCGGAUCAAGAUGACAAACAAUAUGACUGAAGUGUGCGAAGUUCUAAAAAGGACUUUACGGGUCGACAAGAUUCCAGAGAUGGAAGAAUACAACAAACGAAUUGAAGAGACGGAAGAUCAAUUUGCUGAUAUGGCGCGAUGCGUUGAAAAAUACGCCACAAUCACAGGGAAGCUUGCACAAAGAGGAGAAAAAUUAGCCUAAGCAAUGGUAAUUUGUAAUUCGGACCCGGAAAGCAACAAUGGCGUUAAAAGAAAUCUAGCGAACUUCACCAGACAUUUGUCUGCUAUCCAGACACAGCGGCGUGCGUUGAAAGACAUUCUACAAGGAAAAAUCUCAAGUGACAUCAAGGCCAAUGAAGGGAAGUGUCUGGAAAUGAAGAAAAGCGUGAAAGCAUGCGAGGAUGCGGUACGCAAAAAGAACCAAAGACUUCUUCUGCUUCAAAAGGCGAAAAAUAAGACGCCUGUGGACCCUAGGAACAUCAACGAGGCAAGUGUAAAAUUCGAGAAAGCUCGCUGUGAGGCCGAACGGUCCUGUGAGGAUGUUAAGAUAGGAAUGAAGCAUUUUGAGGAACAGAAGAGGGAAGACUGGUAUCAUAUUCUCAGUGACUUCCUGCUGGCGGAGAUGCGCUUCCACGCUAAAGCGCUUCAGGGCUACACUGCUGCUUUUAGGUGUCUGCCCCUGUUGUCUGAAGGAGGUGGUGCGGAUAGACCUCGCGGGAAUCCUCGCGGGAAUCCUCGCGGGAACAGCCGCAAGUCCUCGUGCGGUACGAAAGAAAGAAAAGUGGCCUUUCCCAGUUCUGAUGAUGACACCAAACUACCAGUCUCGCAAAUUAACCUCAGGCGGAGAUCUGAUUCUAGUGAUUCGAAACUAUCUCUGAGAGAUCUUGACUAGCUUGCCAUGGAAUAUGAAAUUCUUAGACUAUGAGAAGAAUUGAUUGAGAGAAAAACUGGAAACGAGAAUAAUAAAAAACUGUCAUAACUAAUAACUAUC